AUGAUCUCGCUUCGCCAACGGCUCCUGCAAGGAGGUAGAAGCUACGGACCUCUCAUCAUGUCGGAUUCUCGCAUCAUUGCCGAAUUAUUGGCGGGCGUUGGCUACGAUCAUUUGCUGGUGGACAUGGAGCACAGCCCGACCAAUCCUCAAAGUGCCCAACGGCUCUUGCAAGCCAUGGAUGCUGCUGCCGCAUUUACGGCUGCAAGAACCACGCCUCUGGUGCGAUUGGCCGACAACCAGGAUCCUGCCAGCAUGAAAUUGGUGUUGGAUUCCAUGCGGUUGCCCGGUGGUGUCUUGGUACCCAUGGUGGAAGAUGCCAAGACGGCCGAACGGGUGGUCCAGUCGACACGGUAUCCCACACAGCAAUCGUUUCCGGAUCAUGGUGGUGGCAUUCGAGGCUGUGCCGUACCCUUUGUCCGCGCCAGUGGCUAUGGCAUGACCCACAAUAAUGACGAGUAUUUGCGACAAUGUCGAGAGGAUUUACUCGUCAUGGUACAAGUUGAAAGUCCUCAGGGGGUAGAUGCCAUUCCGGAAAUUGCCGCUGUGGAGGGAGUCGAUUUGAUCUUUUUGGGUCCAUUUGACCUGUCUUGUAGUGCGGGGAAAAUGGGACAAUUCCAAGAUUCCGAUAUUCAACAACUCAUUGCACAAGCCGAACAAGCCGUUGUUCAGAGUCCAUCCUGUUUGUUGGGAGGGUUUCAAACACCGGGAGUGGAAUUGAAAGACAUGUUCGAUGAAAAAGGAUACUCUUUGGUUUGUGGGGCAGUUGAUUUGGGAUUGCUGCGACAAGCGGCAUUGGCAGAUUGUGCCAAGGGGAAAACGGCAAUGGGAGAAUGA